CCAGAGACAAUGGAGUUCUUGGUGGAGUCAGGCGGCGCGGAGGCGAAUGCCGGGCCGACGUACCGGAACGUGCUGGCCAAGGACGCCGGCCUCCUGCAGUCGGCGCCGGGACUCAACUCCUGCUGGGAUGUCUUCCGGGCUUCGGUGGAGAAGUACCCCAGCAACCCGAUGCUCGGCCGUCGGCCAGUUGUUGAUGGCAACGCCGGUGACUACGCCUGGAUGACUUACCAGGAAGCGUACGACGUCGUGAUGAAACUGGCGGCCUCCAUGAGCAAAUCGGGAGUCAAACAGGGCGAACGCGCUGGAAUCUACGGUGCAAACAGUCCGGAAUGGAUCAUUAGCAUGGAGGCUUGCAAUGCCCUUGGAGUUUGCUGUGUGCCGCUCUAUGACACUCUAGGUGCUAAUGCGGUGGAAUUUAUCACGUGCCACGCCGAACUCCAGAUUGCUUUUGUGGAAGAGAGAAAGAUUGAAGAGCUCUUGAAAACCUGUCAUGCCACUUCAGAGUAUUUGAAAUCGAUCGUCAGCUUUGGAGGCGUCACAAAUGACCAAAAGGAGGAAGCUAAGAACCAUGGGCUUUCCAUUUUCUCAUGGGAGGAAUUCCUGAUCAUGGGUGGUGAUCAUCAUGUUGAUCUUCCUGAAAAGAAGAAAUCCGACAUCUGCACAAUAAUGUACACAAGUGGAACAACAGGGGACCCUAAAGGUGUUAUGAUAUCCAAUGAAAGCCUUCUUGUUAACCUGGCUGGUGCUGAUUCUGUAAUGCAAUCUAUUGGUGAAGCUUUCGAUCAAAAUGACGUCUAUAUGUCAUAUCUUCCACUAGCUCAUAUCUUCGAUAGAAUGUUUGAGGAAGUAUUCAUUUCUCAUGGAUCAAAAAUUGGAUUCUGGCGCGGGGAUGUUAAGUUGUUGGUUGACGACAUCGGAGCAUUAAAACCAACAAUAUUUUGUGCUGUUCCACGUGUUCUCGACAGAAUAUAUUCUGGUCUUACAACCAAGAUUUCGUCUGGUGGAAUACUGAAGAAAACCUUAUUCAAUAUUGCAUACAAGCUGAAACUAGACAGCAUGAGGAAAGGAAUUAAACAUGAAAAGGCAUCCCCAUUCUUUGACAAAUUAGUUUUCAGCAAGGUGAAAGAAAGACUGGGAGGAAAAUUACGUAUUAUUAUAUCUGGUGGGGCUCCUCUUUCUGUAGCGGUGGAAGAAUUUUUGAGGGUUGUAACAUGUGCACAUGUUGCUCAAGGAUACGGACUCACGGAAACUUGUGCCGGAACUUUUGUUGCACUACCAAAUAAUUUCUCCAUGAGCGGAACUGUUGGCCCACCACUUCAACAUACAGAAGUUCGACUUGAGUCAGUUUCAGAGAUGGGCUAUGAUGCUUUGGCAAGCAUUCCUCGUGGGGAGGUAUGCGUGAAGGGAAGUGUUCUAUUUUCUGGAUACUACAAAAGAGAGGACCUAACACAGGAAGUCAUGAUUGAUGGAUGGUUUCACACAGGAGAUGUUGGUGAGUGGCAACCAAACGGAUCAUUGAAAAUCAUUGACAGGAAGAAAAAUAUAUUCAAGCUUUCACAGGGAGAAUAUGUUGCAGUGGAAAAUCUAGAGAAUAUCUAUGGUGUUCUUCCAGAAAUUGAUUCGAUAUGGGUGUAUGGGAACAGUUUCGAAUCUUCUCUUAUUGCUGUUAUAAACCCCAACCAGCAAGUGCUUGAACAAUGGGCUGGACAAAAUGGUAUUUCUGGAAGUUUGGCUGAACUAUGUGAAAACUCGGGAGCCAAAGAGCAUUUUGUUGCUGAACUUUCAAAGAUUGCAAAGGAAAAGAAGCUGAAAGGCUUUGAGUUCAUAAGAGCCAUCCAUCUUGACCCGUUACCAUUUGAUAUGGAGCGGGACCUUAUCACCCCAACAUACAAGAAGAAACGCCCACAAAUGCUCAAAUACUACCAGGGAGCCAUCGAUGCACUCUACAAAAGCAUGAAAUAAGAAAGCGACCAUUUCGCAGAUUAGCAAAUGGGUUUCUCUAAUCCAUGGUGGUUCGAUGGAAUCAUGGAAUCAUAAUCUACAUGUAAAUUAAUUAGCAUAAGACUUGAUGAUGUUACUCUGCUUUAGUUUUUCAACGCAUACUUCACGUGAAUUGUUUUUUUUUUUUUUGAGAAUCUAUUCCAUGUGAAUCUUAUUCGGGGCUUUG